AUGGACUCCAAGGAACACCUGCCCUCACCCGCGGACCGGCCGCACACGCCCCUCCAGGAGGGCCCGUCGACGCCUAACGACGUGGAGCCUGCGCCGGCUGUCCAACCCUCGCUGGCCGACCAGGCCAUUCAAAGGGAGGUUGACGAGGUUAUCUACUCUGAUAUCGGAGUCAACACGCUGCUCACCCGACUCAAGCAGAGCAUUGCUUCUGCGAGGGACUUCUCCAACUUCCUGGGCAAGCGCUCCAAGCUCGAGGAGGAGCAGGCCCAAGGUGUCAAGAAGCUAUGCCGCUCCACGCACGAGGCGCUCCGCCGGAACGAAUCGCGUCAGGGAACCUAUGGCACCCAGUUCGAGGAGGCAACCAAGGUUCACGAGCGCAUGGCCGACAACGGAAUGCAAUUUGCCCUCUCGCUCCAUCAGAUGCACGAGGACCUGAAUGAGCUCACGAACACCAUCGAGAGGCAACGGAAGCAUUGGAAGCAGACCGCUCUGGCGAGCGAGAAGAAAGUGACCGAUGCGAUCCAGCAGAUGGAAAAGGCCAGGGCCAAGUAUGAGUCGUUGGCAGAAGACUACGACAAAGUCAAGACUGGCGAUAAGUCCGCAGGCAGGAUGUUUGGAAUCAAGGGUCCCAAGAGCGCCGCCCAACACGAGGAAGAUAUUCAUCGUAAGCUCCAGGCCGCGGACGCGGAUUACAAGAGCAAGGUCGAGAAUGCGCAACUGCUGCGCACGGAGCUUGUUGAGAAGCUGCGGCCGCAAGGUGUCAGGGCCAUGAUGGAGCUCAUCAAGGAAUGUGACUCGGGCCUGACACUGCAGAUGCAGAAGUUUGCAUCCUUCAACGAAAAGCUUCUGCUUGGCAACGGCAUUCUCGUUGCGCCGUUGAACAACCCCGGCGAGCCGGAGCACCCUAGUCUACGGGAUAUUAUUUACAAGAUUGACAACGACAAAGACCUUACGUCCUACAUCACCGAGCACUCAGUAAAGGUUCCACGACCUCCGGAGAUCAAGUACCAGCAGCACUCUACCCUGGCUCCGGCACAUCAACCGACUCCCCCAUCCGUGCCCGUGUCAGACCCUUUCCGCCCUUCGCAGCCGUCGCCGGUUAACACUCAGCCGCCACCUCCGCCGCAACAGGAGCAGCCACCGUUUCUUUCAUACAACCCACCGAGGGAUCCGUCUCCGAUCCUGUCGCCGGUACAGGAUGGCUUGCGGCAGAACCCAUACUCGGCCCCGACGGAAUCGCAUCCACCAUACCCGACGAGCGACUUUCCACCGCAGUCUUCCGGUUUUAGCAAUGGUGGUCCUCCCGGAGGUGGACCUUACGGUGCGCCGCCACCAAGUGGCCCACCUACGCACUUCUCCAACGCCCCGCCUAUCAAGCCGGUAUUUGGGAUCACGCUGGAUGAAUUGUUCCACCGCGAUGGAACGCCAGUCCCACUUGUCGUUUCUCAAUGUAUCCAGGCCGUCGAAUUGUUCGGACUGGAGACAGAGGGCAUCUACCGCGUGCCUGGCACCAAUUCGCAUAUCAUGUCGAUGAAGCAGCUGUUUGACCACGACUCUACAGCGGUCGAUUUCCGUAAUCCCGAAACAUUCUAUCACGAUGUCAACAGUGUUGCUGGUCUCCUGAAGCAGUUCUUCCGUGAUCUUCCGGACCCGCUUCUUACUGCAGCACACUACGAGGAGUUCAUCGAGGCGGCAAAGAUCGAAGACGAUACAGUCAGGAGGGACAGCCUUCACGCAAUCAUCAAUGCACUGCCUGACCCCAACUAUGCUACGCUGAGGGCACUGGUGUUGCACCUGAACCGCGUGCAAGACAGGAGCGCCAGCAACAGAAUGAGCACAACUAAUCUGGCCAUCUGCUUUGCACCUACUGUUAUGGGGCAGCACAGGGGUGCCAUGGCCGAUGCUGGGCUGCAAGCCAAGGUGUUGGAUACUAUUCUUGUCAACACCUACCAGAUCUUCGACGAGGACUAG